UUCAACAGAGGAAGCACACUCAUGAGAGAGAGACAGAGGGACAGAGAGACCACUCCAAGGGACCAGCCUCCAUGUCUAUGUCCCAGAUCACCCCGACUCUUUUCCUGAGUGGUGCUGAUGCUCCGCUGAACCAGACCCUGGUGAGCCGUAAAGGCAUCACCCUCAUCGUUAACGCCACCCUGUCACACACCUGCCCAAGGUACCCCGGCGUGGAGUGCAUCCGCGUGGCCGUUUCCGACCUGCCCAGCGCCCGGCUGAGUGAACACUUCGACAGGGUGGCUACCCGUAUCCAUAACAACCGGGCUGGUGGGACUUUGGUCCACUGUGCAGCUGGCAUGAGCCGCUCGCCCGCUCUGAUAAUGGCCUACCUCAUGAAAUAUAAAGGAGUGACCCUCCAGCAGGCGCACAGCUGGGUCCAGAGGAGCCGACCCUGCAUCCGUCUCAACGCAGGCUUCUGGGACCAGCUUCUGGACUACGAGAGGAAACUGUAUGGAAAGAAUACUGUAAAAGUGGCUGUUCCACUGGAGCCACUGCCACAGCCCAAAACACCUAGACUGACCCCCAGAUUCAGCCUGAGAGAAUGCCCCCCGUCUCCGAGGCUGGGCCGGGGAAGACGGUUCACGUUCCCAAAAAUAAUUUGAUAAUUAAAAACGUUCUCUUUGUGUUAUCGCUGUUUGUGAAAAAAGGCAGAAAACUACACUCUGGUUGUGUUAAAGGGAUGGUUUGGAAAAAAAGCAAAUUUGCAUAAUCUUCCUCUUACCCCAGAUGCAGUAGAUCAGCCGAGACAUGUUGGUGGUUAAACAGCAUGGGUGCUGAAUUCCGCCUCCCUUUCACAGACACCCGCAUUGUCUAACCACCAAACAUGUCUCUGCUGAUCGGAUACAUCUAGGGGUAAAAGGAAAAUUGUGUACUUUUUUGCCAAAUUACACAUUUAAAAGUGACACGUAUGUAAUGUUCUGAAAGGAGUGCGCCACAUCUGUAACAUACACUCGAUUAGCAUGAAUAAUCGUUUUUACUCAAAGCACACUUGUAUUAGAAACCAAUGGGCAGAUUAAGGGAGUGCCCACUGACUUCUAUUAUAAAUCAACUUCCCAUUGACUUCUAUUAUUAAUCAGCUGCCCGCUGACUUUUAUUAUAAAACAACCGCCCAUUGACUUCUAUUAUUAAUCAGCUGCUCACUGACUUAUAUUAUAAAGCAACUGACCAUUGACUUCUAUUAUUAAUCAGCUGCCUAUUGACCUCUGUUAUUAAUCAGCUGCCCACUGACCUCUAUUAUAAAUCACAUGACUAUUGACUUCUAUUAUUAAUCAGCUGCCCACUGACUUAUACUAUAAAGCAACUGACCACUGACUUCUGUUAUGAACCAGCUGCUCACUGACCUCUAUUAUAAUGCAAGUGACAGUUGACUUCUACUAUUAAUCAGCUGCCUAUUGACCUUUGUUAUUAAUCAGCUGCCCACUGACCUCUUUUAUAAAUCAACUGCCCCUUGACUUCUAUUAUUAAUUAGCUGCCUGCUGACUUCUAUUAUAAAACAACUGACCACUGAAGUUGAUUAUUAAUCAGCUGCCUAUUGACUUCUGUUAUUAAUCAGCUGCCCAGUCUUCUAUUAUAAAACAACUGACCAUUGAUGUCUAUAAUUAAUCAGCUGCCCAUUGACUUCUAUUAUAAAAAAAAAUUCCACCAAUUGUUCAACAUUUCUUCAGUAUUCAUUUGCUGAGUAAUUCAAAGUGGUGAAACGGUUCAAUGUAGAGAAACUUACUGACUCAGA